AUGCCAUGUGCUCAGACGAGCUGGCUGGCAAAGCUCUCGAUGGUGGCUCAGCUUCUUAACUUCGGGGCUUUUUGCCUUGGGAGACAAGCUCAGCCGGGCCCGGUUCGCUUUCCAGACCCGAGGCAAGAACAUUUUAUCAAGGCCCUGCCAGAAUACCACGUGGUGGGACCAGUCCAAGUAGAUGCCAACGGACAUUUUCUGUCUUAUGGACUGCAUCACCCUGUUACCAGCAGCAGGAAGAAGAGAGCCACAGGUGGCUCUGAGGACCAGGUGUACUAUAGAAUUUCACAUGAAGAAAAAGACCUGUUUUUUAAUCUGACGGUCAACAGGGAAUUUCUUUCCAAUGGCUACAUUGUGGAGAGGAGACACGGGAACCUUUCUCAUGUGAAGAUGGUGGCUUCCUCAGGCCCACCCUGCCAUCUCAGGGGCACAGUUCUACAAGAGGGUACCAAGAUCGGGACAGCAGCCCUCAGUGCCUGCCAAGGACUGACUGGAUUUUUCCAUCUACCACAUGGAAACUUUUUCAUUGAGCCUGUUAAAAAGCAUCCGCUGACCGAGGAAGGGUACCACCCUCAUGUCGUAUACAGGAGUCCAGAGACAAAGGAGCCCACCUGUGGAUUAAAGGACAGUCUAGGUAACUCUGAGAAGGAAGAGCUACAGCGAGAGAAGUGGGAGAGGAAAAACUGGCCAAGGAGAAGCCUCUCCCGGCGCUCCAUAAGCAAGGACAGAUGGGUGGAGACACUGGUGGUGGCUGACACGAAGAUGGUUGAGUACCAUGGAAGUGAGAACAUUGAGUCCUACAUCCUCACCAUCAUGAAUAUGGUCACUGGGUUGUUUCAUAACCCAAGCAUUGGCAACGCAGUCCACAUUGUCGUGGUUCGACUCAUUCUUCUUGAAGAGGAGGAGCAAGGAUUGAAAAUAGUUCACCAUGCAGAGAAGACACUGUCCAGCUUCUGCAAAUGGCAGAAAAGCAUCAAUCCCAAGAGUGACCUCAACCCUGUCCAUCAUGAUGUGGCUGUUCUUAUCACCAGAAAGGACAUCUGUGCUGGUGUCAAUCGCCCUUGUGAGACUCUGGGGCUGUCUCAACUGUCAGGAAUGUGCCAGCCUCACAGGAGUUGUAACAUCAAUGAAGAUUCUGGACUACCCUUGGCUUUCACCAUUGCCCAUGAGCUGGGGCACAGCUUUGGCAUCCAGCAUGAUGGAAAAGAGAAUGACUGUGAGCCUGUGGGCAGGCACCCAUACAUCAUGUCCCAGCAAAUUCAGUAUGAUCCCACCCCACUGACAUGGUCAAAAUGCAGCAAAGAGUACAUCACUCGCUUCUUGGACCGAGGCAGGGGAUUCUGUCUUGAUGAUAUUCCCAAAACGAAAGGUUUGAAGUCCAAUGUCAUUGCUCCUGGAGUGAUUUAUGAUGUCCAUCACCAGUGCCAACUCCAAUAUGGCCCAAAUGCUACAUUUUGCCAGGAAGUGGAAAAUGUUUGCCAGACACUGUGGUGCUCUGUAAGAGGCUUCUGUCGUUCUAAGUUGGAUGCUGCUGCAGACGGGACGCGCUGUGGUGAGAAGAAGUGGUGUAUGGCUGGAAAGUGUAUCACAGUGGGGAAGAAACCAGAGAGUAUCCCUGGAGGCUGGGGACGCUGGUCACCCUGGUCCCACUGCUCCAGGACCUGUGGGGCAGGAGCUCAGAGCGCAGAGAGGCUCUGCAACAACCCCGAACCAAAGUUUGGAGGGAAAUACUGCACCGGAGAAAGAAAACGCUACCGCUUAUGCAACGUUCACCCCUGCCGCUCAGAAACUCCAACUUUCCGGCAGAUGCAGUGCAGUGAAUUUGACACUGUUCCCUACAAAAACGAAUUCUAUCGCUGGUUUCCAGUGUUUAAUGCAGCAUAUCCUUGUGAGCUGUACUGCAGACCCAUAGAUGGACAGUUUUCUGAGAAAAUGCUGGAUGCCGUCAUCGAUGGCACCCCUUGUUUUGAAGGUGGCAGCAGCAGAAAUGUCUGUAUUAAUGGAAUAUGUAAGAGGGUCGGCUGUGACUAUGAGAUUGAUUCCAAUGCUACUGAAGAUCGCUGUGGUGUGUGCCUUGGAGACGGCUCUGCCUGCCAGACAGUGAAGAAACUGUUUAGACAGAAGGAAGGAUCCGGUUACGUUGACAUUGGACUUAUUCCCAAAGGAGCAAGGGAUAUAAGGGUAAUGGAAAUCAAGGCAGCUGGAAAUUUCCUGGCCAUUAGGAGUGAAGAUCCAGAAAAGUAUUACCUCAAUGGAGGGUUUAUUAUCCAGUGGAAUGGAAACUAUAAACUGGCAGGGACCGUCUUCCAGUAUGACAGGAAAGGAGAUCUGGAGAAGCUGAUGGCUCCAGGCCCCACGAAUGAGUCACUGUGGAUCCAGCUCCUAUUCCAGGUGACUAACCCUGGUGUAAAGUAUGAGUACACAGUCCGGAAAGAUGGCCUUGACAAUGAUGUGGACAAGUUGCUCUACUUCUGGCAGUUUGGCCGCUGGACAGAAUGCAGUGUAUCGUGCGGCACAGGCAUCCGGCGCCAGAUUGCUCACUGUGUCAAGAAGGGCCAUGGGAUAGUGAAAGCUACCUUCUGUAAUCCAGAAACACAGCCUGAUGGGAGACAGAGGAAAUGCUAUGAAAAGGAUUGUCCACCCAGGUGGUGGGCAGGGGAAUGGGAAGCGUGUUCAAUGACGUGCGGGCCCUACGGAGAAAAAAAGAGAACCGUGCUGUGCAUCCAGACCAUGGGCUCUGAUGAGCAGGCUCUCCCAGCUACAGAUUGCCAGCAUCUGCUGAAGCCCAAGUCACUGGUUUCCUGUAACAGAGAUAUUCUGUGUCCAUCAGACUGGACAGUAGGCAACUGGAGUGAGUGCUCUGUUUCCUGUGGUGGUGGAGUGCGGAUUCGAAGUGUCACAUGUGCCAAGAACCAUAAUGAACCUUGUGACAAGACACGGAAACCCAACAGUCGAGCUCUCUGUGGCCUCCAGCAAUGCCCAUCUAGCCAUCGAGUUCUGAAAUCCAAUAAAGAUAUAGCUCCCGGUGGGAAAAACCAACCAAUACCAGAGUAUGACCCUUUUAAGCCCAUCCCUGCACCUACGUCAAGGCCCACACCACUGUCCAUACCCACAGUACCUGAGUCUGUGAGCAGAAGUUCUCAGGCAAUCACCAGUCUUGGCCCCACUAUAGCGCCUGAAGAAGAACCAACCCAAACUGAAGAGGACUCUCACUACCCUACUUCCUCUGGAAGCACUUCCCAGGUCCCCCUCACUUCCUGGUCAUUGAGUCUCCAGCCUGAUGAUGAAAACGUUUCUAGUUCAGCUAUAGGUCCUACUUCGGAGAGUGACUUUUGGGCAACCACAACAAGCGAUUCUGGCUUAUCAUCUAGCAAUGCGGUGACUUGGCAAGUAACUCCAUUUUAUAACACCUUGACCACAGAUCCAGAAGUAGAGAUACAUAGUGGCUCAGGGGAAGACAGUGACCAGCCUAUGAACAAGGAUGAAAACCACUCUGUGAUAUGGAAUAAGAUCAGAGUCCCUGAGCAUGAUUCUUCCAUGGAGAGGAAUGCAGAAACACCACUUGGACCUCCACCGACAUCUUAUGUUGAGGAAGAGACCUCAUGGCCUCCCUUCAGUGCAACCAUGGAAGGCUCAGUACCUGACUGGUCCCUUAAAAAUGAGACACCCAGAGCUGAGGGGCUGAUCACUGAAAAACCAGGGAACAUUCCACUCCCUCUUGGAGGAGGCCAGCCAACACCCUCAGAAAAGUUGGAAAACCAUGACCACUUGGCAUUGGCAAAUAAUACAAAUCCACCCCAAGGCUCUGGACCUGUCCUGAGUGAGGAAGAUGCAUCUAUUCUGAUUGCUGAGGGAUUCCUGCUAAAUGCUUCCAAUUACAAGCCGCUUAUGAAGGACCACAGCCCUGCAUACUGGAUUGUUGGAAACUGGAGUAAAUGCUCCACUACAUGUGGGCUGGGGGCCUACUGGAGGAGUGUGGAGUGCAGCACCGGGAUGAAUGCUGACUGUGCAGCCAUUCAGAGGCCAGACCCUGCCAAGAAGUGCCACCUCCGGCCCUGUGCUGGCUGGCGAGUGGGAAACUGGAGCCAGUGCUCCCGAAACUGCAGUGGAGGCUUCAAGAUUCGUGAGAUUCAGUGCAUGGACAGCCAGGACCACCACCGGAGCCUGAGGCCAUUUCAUUGCCAGUUCCUGGCUGGCAUUCCUCCUCCACUGAGUAUGAGCUGUAACCUGGAGCCUUGUGAAGAAUGGCAAGUGGGGCCCUGGAGUCAGUGUUCUAGGUCCUGUGGAGGUGGUGUUCAGGAGAGAGAAGUCUCUUGCCCAGGAGGCCUCUGUGACUGGACAAAAAGACCUACAUCCACUGUGCCCUGCAACAGGCACCUUUGCUGCCACUGGGCCACCGGGAAUUGGGACCUGUGCACCACUUCCUGUGGUGGUGGCUCUCAGAAGAGGACUGUCCAUUGCAUCCCCUCAGAAAACAGUACAACUGAAGAUCAAAACCAGUGCCUCUGCGACCAUGAAGUCAGACCCCCAGAAUUCCAAAAAUGCAUCCAGCAAGCCUGCAGGAAGAGUGCUGAUUUAACAUGCACGAAGGACAGGCUCUCAGCCAGCUUCUGCCAGACACUAAAAUCCAUGAAGAAAUGCUCUGUGCCCUCGGUGAGAGCACAGUGCUGCCUCUCAUGUCCGCAGACACAGAGCACCCACAUCCAAAGGCAAAGAAAACAGCAGUUGCUCCAAAAUCACAACACCCUCUAG